AUGUCUGCCAAAACUACCAGCACGAAUAACAUCGCUCAGGCACGGCGAACUGUUCAGCAACUUAAAGUGGAGGCCUCUAUAGAAAGAAUAAAGGUAAACUGGACUCUUCUAACAGGAGAGGCUGUUGCAGAACUAAAACUGCCAUAUUUAAGUAUCCGCUGUAAUGCAAAGCAUCAUGGGAGUUGUAUUUCUGCAACAUGUCGAUAUCUUCUUCGUGGCCACUCUUGUUUUAUAGCAGGAAUCGCAAAUGCGCACCACCCCCUUCUGAUGAUGGUGAACUAUAAUUAUCAGAAUUCUUUGUAUGGCCAUAAAUCGUGGGCUUUGUAAUUAGUCAACAUCUAGAGGACGAGUGUUUGAGAUGCCUGCUCUAUAGGAGCAGAACUGAUAUAGGUUUUGUAUAUAGUUUUCAAAACGCCUGUUUGUGUGGAUGUGGUUUAAAAGAAGGCUGAUGUACACAACCCAGUCACUUCCUUUAAUAGAUGUAAUGUUGAAGCUUAUCUGUUAUUAAUCAUUUUGUUUAAUCUUCUUUUUUUUCUUUUUUUGAUCUCCUUUUAGGUUUCCAAAGCAUCAGCUGACCUAAUGCGCUACUGCGAUGAACAUGCCAAGAAUGACCCACUGCUUGUGGGAAUCCCUGCUUCAGAAAACCCUUUCAAGGAUAAAAAGCCAUGCAUUAUAUUGUAG